CUAGCUGCGGACUUUUUUCUGCCCACCCUCUCUUCCCCUUCAAGACAAUCACAUGGUCCUACCCCUUCUUCUCACUCUGUCCCUAUUCUGAAUUUAUUUUUCGUCCUUGGGAACAAAUCUGUUGGAUAAUAUUUCUGCAAUCGUCCUCCCGAGAUGUUUCUUCAAUCCUUACAAUUCUCCUGACAUUCCUCUUAGAUCUCCGGAACCUGUCUCUUCUCCGCAUUCUAUUAUGUGUCUUGUUCAUCCUUUCACCGAGUCACCGGGAUGAGAUUUUGACAGCUCUGAGUUUCGUAUGCCGAUUGAAUCCAUUCAUCAAUCAAUUUUACCCUGCUCAGGUAUCAAGUUCCUUCUUACUUCAAGCCAAGAGAUUGAGAUUCCGUUAGCCAUGAACUUUCUUCAUAAAGCAUUGGGGAUUUGCGUACAAAAAUACUAGAUAUAGUCGCUGUGAAGUAAUAGAGAGGUGCUGCUUCGUGUUCGUUGUAGAUGGACCGACGAAGUUGGCUAUGGCGCAGGAAGUCAUCUGAGAAGAGCCCUGGUGAAACUGAGAGUUCAGGGUCAAUAUCGUCUCAUUCAGAAAGAUUCUCUGAUGAUCAGGUAUAUCCAACGCAAGCUACUCCAUCACCAGAAGUCACAUCUAAAGCUGCACCCAUUAUUGAAGAAGAAGUCACUGAUGUGAAGAUUCUUACUGAAAAGUUAUGUGCUUCUCUCCGCGAUAUUAGGGCCAAAGAAGACUUGGUAAAGCAGCAUGCGAAGGUUGCUGAAGAAGCUGUCUCAGGGUGGGAGAAGGCUGAAAAUGAAGUGUUGUCUUUGAAACAACAACUUAAUGCUGCAAAUCAGAAGAACUCAGCUCUUGAAGAUCGGGUCAGUCAUCUUGAUGGGGCACUUAAGGAGUGUAUGAGGCAACUUAGACAAGCUAGAGAAGAACAAGAGCAAAGGAUAAAUGAAGCUAUUGCAAAUAGUUCUCGCGACUGGGAAUACAAAAUAUCUGAGCUUGAGGUUCAACUUCAAACAGCUAAAGUCGAAGUUUCCGCACCAAUUCGUUCUGAUCUUCACCUUAGACUUGAGGCUGUGGAGAAAGAAAAUUCAGGACUUAAACUUGAGCUACAAUCUAGACUUGAGGAGCUAGAAUUCAGGAUCGUUGAGAGAGAUUUGAGUGCAGAAGCUGCUGAAACAGCAAGUAAGCAACAGCUGGAGUGCAAAAGGAAGGUGGCCAAGCUUGAAGCUGAGUGCCAUAGACUAAAAGGCAUAAUUCGUAAAACAUUCUCUGGUAACGAUCACAAGUCUUUGACUGCCUCUUCAGUUUAUGUAGAGUCCUUUGCAGACAGCCUGUCAGAUAAUGGAGAGAGGCUACAGGCUAUUGAAAGUGAUGUGCGCAAAUCCGGGGGUUGGGAGAUGAAUGAAUGUGAACCAAGCCGUUCUGAUUCAUGGGCAUCUGCUUUGAUCACAGAACUCAAUCAGUUUAAGAACGAAAAGACCAUUGGAAAAAAUCUUAUGGCCCCUUCAGUUGAGAUCACUCUCAUGGAUGAUUUCCUUGAGAUGGAAAGACUUGCCGCAUUGCCACAUACAGAAAGUAGAAGCAUUUCUGCUGAGGCAGGACUGUCAUCAGAUCACCCUAGUGGAGACCAAAAUGCAAUGAGAGAUGAAUUGCAAUCCGUAAUUCAAAAGAAUGCUGAAUUGGAGGAAAAGCUAGAAAAGAUGGAAGCAGAUAGACUUGAGAAAGAGAUGGCCUUGGCUGAGUGCCAAAAGCAGCUUGAGGCAUCACAGAGUCGCAUAAAGGAAGCAGAGUUGAAGGUAGCAGAGCUUCAAACUAAGUUAGCUCUUGCAAAUAAAACAAAUCAAGAAGCUUAUGAAGAACUAAAGUCAACCAAAACAAAGAAUAAGGAAACUGAAUCAAAAUUAAGGGUUGUUCAAAGCGAGGUAGAGGAUUUGGUUUCCAAAAUUGGUUCAUUAGAGAAGCGGAUCGAGAAGGAGCGAGCUUUCUCUGCUGAGAGUGUUGCCAAGAGUGGGAGGUUGGAAGAUGAACUUUCGAGGAUGAAGCAUGAAUCUCAACUCCGGCAAGAAGCUGAGAAAAUACACAGAGAAGAUGUUAACGUUGAGUUGAGGUUGAAGCAGGAGAAGGAACUUGCUUUGGCUGCUAAUAGAUUUGCUGAGUGCCAAAAGACCAUUGCAUCCCUUGGUAAUCAGUUGAAGUCCCUUGCAACACUGGAAGAUUUCCUGCUUGAUUCAGAGAACCCUAUGGACCUAACUCGUGAAGUUACACCUAGUCCCAAAAAUGGUGCUGAUCCCAUGAAAAUGCAUCAUCAGUUCGAUUUUCCUAAAAGAAAUUCUGAGUCAUCGAUAUUAUUAAGAUCAUCUGGUACCCUUGAGAAAGGCCGUAAUGGUUUUGGUAAGUUCACCCCCAGAAGUAAGAGUGUAAGCAGAACAGGAACUCACUGAAAAGUUAUAACUAAAUGUGUUCAUAUUUGUUUCUUUAUAGUCUCUUGGGUUCAGCAUUUCUGAAUCCAAAGCUACAUAUUUUACUUCAAGAGCACUGGUUGCUCAAAGCAUACAUACAGUUAUGUGUAAAUUCCAAUAUUUGUAAAGCCAAAGUGGUUUUGUUGACUUGUUACCUUACAGCUGUCUUUGCUUUGCUUCUUUAAUUCAUGAGUCAAUUCAACAAUGAGACAACCAUCCCAUAUAUCAGAUGGAAAUUUUUAGGCCUAAUCUAGUGCUGGGGUCGUUUAGACAAGUUGAUUUUUGUUUUAUGUUGAUUGUUUUUUCUGAUGGAGUCUAGAAGAAGUUACAAUGUCUGUCAUCUCUAUGAUUGUCCGUAUGUGACCAAUUCAAACUUGAAAGACGUGAAUAGAUUCUGUCUCUCUCCUUUUGCCUUGCAA